CUAGAAUGUGGAUUUGUCUGAACUGGUUUUGCCAACCAGGGCAGCUGGGUAUCCAACUGAGAGAGACAGUGUGGCUAAGUGAUAAAUCUAAACUGUGAUCAAUCUCCCCUGUGCUCAAAUUCUCAAUGGAUGCCAAUGCUGAUCUGGCAACAUCUCAAGUUCUCCCUGCUGGUGCAGCUGAUGCUCUGGCAAAUGGUGACCAGAGAACACCAGUAGAGACCAGGAGGCAGAUGGAGAACUCCAACAACCCUUUGCAGUUGGAAGUGGUUGUCCAAGAGGAUAAGAAUGGCCACAAAUAUGACAAGAGUGACUGUGAUAAGGAGGAGGAGCAGAGAAACACCAGGAAGACCCACAGAGCUGAUAGCGACAUUGAGAAGAUGCGCUUGGACUUUGAGCUGACUGUGCUAAAGCGCCAGCAUGAGGAGAAUGACAAGCAGCGGCAACAUGAGGAAAAGAUGGAGCAUAUCCGCCAACGGUCACCAUCCAGGACUGGAGCUCGAGGGGAAGAGGAGCCACUCAGCAUCAAGUUAGACCCCAUCACAGAAAUUGAGCUGGAAAAAAUGCGCAUGGAGUUUGAGCUGGCCAAGCUGAGGCACAUCUCUGAAGAGAAUGAACGACAAAGGCAGCAUGAGCAGAGAAUGUGUGAAGACAAAGAAAAGCAGCGGCAACAUGAUGAAAAGAUGGAGCAGAUGCACCAGCAUCAAGGGAAUGUCAGAGUAGUCAGCCAAAAAGUUUCCACUGGUGGCAUGGGAGAAGCAGUAACUGAGACAUCCUCUGGAGCCUCUGCUGAGAUGGGGAAGGUGAGGAUAGAACUCCAGCUGGCUAUGGAAGUGUACCUGCCAGAAAUGCAGGACAAGAAAAAGAAGCAUCCCUGUGAGCCGAAGAACCUUUGGGAAAGCCCAAAGGUGGAGCAGCAAGUAGAAAGUAAACCUGAGGCAGAAAAAACACAAGCACCACCUGAACAGCAAAAUGAUGGUGUGACUGAACACCUGGGCCUUCAGGUACCUCGCAUUGUGGUCAGCGGGGCAGAGCCAAAGUGGUCAAGCAGCAGGCUGGAUUUAGCCAUUGAGACCGAGCUGGAGAAGAGGCGGAUGGAGUUUGAGCUGACAAGACUGAAAUAUGAGCAUGAGGAGAAUGAACGGCAACGCCAGCAUGAGGAGAAGAUGGAGCAGCUCCGUCAGCAUGGGGUGCCACCCCGGGAGGAGGACAACCCUGACAAUGCCUCAUCUGCUGGUGACAAUGUUACAGAGCCAACCUCAGUUCCUGAUGAUCUGACUGAGCCACCCUGUACCCCUAAUGAAGUGACAGAUCCUCUAGAUAUCAGAGAUGAAGAGGCACAUGUCAUCACAAAGCCACGGGCAGAGCUGGACAAUCUGCACCCUCGCCUGCCCAACUCAGAGGGUGAGGUGGAUGGCUGGGCUCAAACAGAGCAGUCCAACAAAAAGGGCCGUGACAUUUUGGCACCCCAGUUGGAGAAGAUGCGCCUUGACAUGGAGCUCACUAUGACUAGAUACCGCUAUGAAGAUAAGGAGAAGCAGAGGCAGCAUGAGGAGAAAAUGGAAGAGAUGCGUCUGCAGACCACCAGCACAACAACACAGCCUGCUGGGAGAAGCCAUCACCACCUCUUACCUCAGGAUCAGUUUACCUUGUUCCUGUACUGCUUCAUCUUCAUCCACAUCAUCUAUAUAGUGAGAGAGCUGGUGUUCUUCUUCAUUAAGAAGCAUGAGAUGUUUGCCAUUGGUUUCAUCCUCAUAUGUGCAAUUAAAGCAUUCUGGAAGUAGAGUCUUUGGCAUGAAUGUUGUUCCCUUUCCAUAGGGCCCUUCAGUGACUCCGAAUCCAGCAUCUGAGCCCUUUGUAAAGUUCAUUUAACACAACCCUCCCUCUGCUAUCCUCUUUCUAGUACAUGCCACAAAGACUCUGUAAGUCAAUUCUGGCCCCAUAGUUCUGUCAUUUCCACCACCCCCAAGCAACAAAACUUUGUGGAACAUAAUAAAGUGUGUAAA